AUGGCGGAAGGAGAUAAGAGCAGAAAGCUGUCCGAAAACGAACUCAAACGGCGCAAAUUCAAAGCAAAGCGCCGAGCCGCGGAUCUUUUUCAAAAUCCGGAGCCCUGGAUCAAAAACAUUGACGACAUCACGCGCUGGGACGACCAAGUCGGCUCGACGACUACCGCGAGAGACUUGCACACUACACUACAAACGAUUCUUGAUUCCGACAGGGUCAAAAUCGACGAACUCGACAGGGCUACGGAUCUCCUUACCCUCAUCCACUUGAUGCGAGAGUGGGAACACGACAGAAAGCUCCCGCGAUCCGUCAAAAGGCACAAGAAGAAGGAAUACGAGUGGUGGACAUACAUUUGCGACGAACUGCAGGACAUUGCUGACGGAAAAUUCGGUCGAUAUCUUUUCUACGCAAACGCAAAGACGAACCAACCAACCAAAAAAGCCCCAACUCUGCCACAUCCUUUGCGACACUUGUUCGACACAGCGGAUUACGACACUUCUUCUUCUCAGGCCGAAUCCCAAUCCGAAUCCGAAGGAUCCUCAGGCGAAAGCGAUUCCGACGAAAACGCCAGAGCCGCUGAAUCCGUGCGCGACGAAAUCGAAGAAAACCUGCUCGAAAAACCACCUCCCCCUGGUGAUUGCUCCUCCGACAGCGAUUCCGACGUCUUUGUCAUGUCGUCCCGAACCGGAGAAUACAGUCCGUUGAAGAAAACCAAUCGAAAAAAAUCCGACACAACGCCUACGGCGAGUCCGCAACGCAACCCGAAGAAGACGAAGUUUGACAUGUCCCUGCAACCCACCAUGUCUCCCACCGACGACGCGACGACCCGUCAGUCCGUGCUACCUUCCUUGCCCGCGACGGAACACGCCGAUACCCGUUCGUGUUCCCCAUCGACAGCGCCCCCGCCUUUGACAAAACAGCAAAAGUACGAGCGAUACAAGACGGAAAACGCCAAGUUCGCCGCCAAAGUCAACGAACAGCGAGCCCAAAUCGCAAAAUUACAGUCGGAAAACACCAAAUUGGACACCCAGCGGAACUCACUCCAGACGCGACUUAACCUCAGCACCGCAUACGUCACCAGCUUGAAAGACCAGUUGACUGAGAAGGACAAACAGAUCGACACCCUGGAAGGCAGCCACCACACCCUGUUCACCAAAACGAUUGCGGACGGAUCCGACGCCUUCCUCGCCGUCCGAGAUGUCAUGGAUGUCAUCAUCAAAUCACUCAACAACGGAUGCACUCUCGAGUUGGAACUUUUCACGGACGACUCCGGAUCAGGUGGAGAUGCGAAAGCAGCCAACUACAAGGAACACGACGGAUCACGGGACGAACCCCGAAAUGACCCCGACGCUCCGGAGGACGGAAACGGAGACUGUGAGGAAGACGGAGAUAGUCCAGGCCCAAUACUUUGCCCGGAAGACGGAACACAGGAUGACUGA